UUGUUUGGCUAAUUUCAUUUGCGAAAUGGGAAAGUUGACAAAUUGUUUGCUCGCGGCAAUGAUUGCGAGCCCAUUUGUUAUCAAAUAUCUCAGAUAUCGAAGACUAUCCGCAUUUGUGAGAUUGAAGCCACAGUUGGACGACACUGAUUCGGAAAAUGAAGCUGAUGGAAUACUUGCAGAUGCUUCAAAGGAUUAUUUUAUUCGAAUCCCGGCAUUCGCCGUGGGAGCUGUUGUCGGUAAACGUGGAAUGACUUUGAGGAGGCUCAUGUAUGAAACUCAGACUGAAUGCGUUCUAAGAUCGUACACACCGGAGGAGUUGGAUGUCGCUAGCAAUGAAGUCUCUGCCGACGCCGAAUGGACGGAACAGUUCCAAAAUGAGGAUUGGUUUGGCGAAGAAUCCACGGACACGCGUCGAAAAAUCACUUAUCUACUGGUUCGCGCAACAGAUGAGCAAUGCGUUAAAUUAGUCCGAUUGAGAAUCGCGGAAAUUAUUGACAAUGUUCAGAAGCCUUGGAAGACUGCAGAGUUCGAAGUGGAAACUCAAAUGGUCGGAUAUCUUGUCGGGCGUGGCGGUCGUCAUAUUAAAACCCUCCGUGAUAAGUUUUCCGUCAAUAUCCAAAUUUCCGAUCCAAUUCCUGAUGAUCCGACAAGAUCUUUGGUAACUGUUCGUGGGCGGGACCUGACAGCUCUGAAAGAAGUGGAGGUUGUGAUGAAAGAGACGGUUCUGCCAAGAAACUACAACUGUGCUCGAAAUCGAAAUUAUGAUGAGGAUACAUUUUUGGAUAACGGGAUCUAUGACGAUGUUGACGAGGAAAUUAAGGAUCUGAAAAAAGUAACUGAACUUCUCGCUCAAGAUUUUUUCUAAGUAUCUAAUCCUCGCUCUCUUCCAAUUGCUUUGAUAUUCCUUUUCGUAAUUUAUACCUUAAUCUUGUCAUAUUAUUCAUCUUGUUUCAGUUUUAUUGCGUUAUUAUUUUCCCUGUUAACUCGCUACACGAGAACUGUAUUUGUUAUUGCGUUUUUAUGCGAAAUAAAUAAAGAUAUCCUCUUU